CUGCUUCAUCAAUGUGAAACUUUAACUUGGAUUUAUUUCUGUUAUCAUCGCUCCCAGGGUCGUGAUAACACUCCAUCAAAAGCUUCAGCUUUCUGAAGCAGUUUGGAGAGUGAAGACUCAGUGUUCCUCAGGCACACAGCUUCUACAGGCCAAACAGAAAAGGAUGAGAGUGUGAGGGUAAAGUGCAAACUACGUCCAGGACAGAAACAUCUGCAUUAUACUGUUAACACAACUUUGGCUCUUCACAAGCACCUGCACAAACUAGCUAUGAACCCAGAGUGGUGAUACAGCUGAGUGAAUGCAAACCCCAGCACGCCCUGAAAUUUAACAGUUAACCUGUCAGACGUGAAGCUGUUCACCAGACUGGGCAGAGAAAAACUUGUCAGUGCAUCCAGUUUGGAAGAAACUGCAGAAAAUGGCCUUGGCUCCAAAAACAGCAGAGGGCACAGACCUGCAAUACUUAUCUAGAGUAAUGGAAAAACUUAUUAAAGAUGCAGAUUCAUUCUUCCCACAAUUUAACAGUCAUCAAUCAAAGAUGAGAGAGAUUGUAGAAAAGCUCAAGGGGAUUUCUGAAGAAGUACAAAAGAUGCAGAAGUUAGGAUGCAGACAGAAAACUGCACCUACUGCUGAAGAAAGAGGAGCUGCAGCCAUAGGAGCAGGAGUUGUUUUAGGAGCAACUGCUUUGGUUACAGCACCAAUUUCUUUGCCUUUAGCGGCAGGUUCUGUUGUUGUUGCAGGUACUGCUGUUCUUGCAGGUACUAUGUUUAAAAUGGCUAAGUAUGUGGCUGGAGGAGGAGCUCCUCCUGCUGCUGGUGCCCCUGGUGCAAAAAUAAAGUCAGAGAGAAGAUUUGCAGAGGAAGUGGAAAAAUUAGGAAAAGAAUUAAUGGCUAUUGUUGAACCAAUGAAGAAGGAUGUGGAAGGAAUAAAGAUGGCAUGUGAAAAGUUGGAAAAGGAAUCGGCUGAAGCUCAGGCUAAAAAUAUUUUGACUGAUAUGGAGGAGCUUCAGAGGCUCCUCAGACGAGUGUCUAAACCGAAGAGAAUGAGUGCAGGAGUUUUGGAUGACUUGGGAGAAUUGAAACAGGCAAUAGAUGGGAUAAGGGAGCACAUGCAAAAGGUCUUAAUACACAAUACAACCCCUGAAGAAGAUGAAAAGUUAAGAAAUUGUAUCAUCCAGUCAGCUAACAAGACUCAGAGCCUCAUUGAUAAGUGUGCUGUAAUGAAGACUGACCUCAGAGAGGUUGCUUCUUUCGUCCGACAUGCAACUUCAUUCAUCCAACAGUUCAACAGCAGUGAGUCACAGAUGAGACAGAUUGUGAGAGAGUUCCUGAAGAUUGCAGAGGAACUCAGAGAAAUGCAGAGUAAAACUGACACAGUGGGAACUGUUGGAGUUGGAUUUCUUAUUGGUGGGAUCUUAGCAGCUCCGUUUACUGCAGGACUGAGUUUAGCUGCACUUGCUGUAGGUGGAGCCACUGUUGUUACUACCAAUGUAAUAAAAAUUCUGUCAGAGAAAGAUAAAGCAAAAGAAGUAAAAAAAUGGGGAGAAGAAUUCAUGGCCAAAGUCAGACCAAUGAUGAAGAACCUGGAAGAAAUAAAGACGAUAUGUGAAAAGCUGGAAAAGGAAUCAGCUGAAGCUCAGGCCAGAGACACUCAGACUGAUGUGGACGAGUUUCAGAGGACCCUCAGACGAGUGUCUCACCUGAAAGAGAUGAGUUCAGGACUUCUGGUUGUAACUGAAACCCUGCUGGAUGUUAUGGGUCGGCUGGUAAUGCUCAUCAAGAAAGUCUUCAGAGUGACUGCGACUCCUGAAGAGGAUCAAAAGUUAAGAGACGCCAUCAAAAAGGCAGCUGAUCAGAGUCAGAGGGUCGUUACUGAGUUUGAUAAGAUGAGAAAAGAACUGAGAGAGUUCACAUGAACUGACAGACAGCAGUAACAUCAACUCUGCUUCUAACCUCUGAACCUGUACUGUGUUCACACUGACUAACAAAGUUUUAUGAAUAAUGUAUUAUGUCAUUGCGACGCUACACUAUCCGGUCGACUGCUGUCUGCUUCAUUCUACUCGUCUGUUUUACUUUGUUUCUACUUGAAUAACUGAAUGAUUAAUACAUGAAAAAUACAUGUAACAUAUAAUGUAUUUGUAAUCAGGUAUUUCUGAUGAUCAGGGCAUAAACAAGUCUAAAAAGUGUUGUCUAUGGAUUACUAGAUAGU